AUGUAUCAUUAUUUAUGUUCUCAUCCCAUUAUUAUUCUUGCUCUUUUCAAUCUUUAUUGUUAUUCAUCACCUAUACCAUAUAUUGAUCAAGAUAAAAAAGAAGAAAUAUUAUCAUCAAUAGAUUCAACUGUACAAGAUAUAUUAAAACCAUUAAGUAUUAAUAAAAAUGAUCAAUUCAAUUAUUUAAAUAUAUUAUGUGCACUUUACGAUGAUUGUUAUGAUAAAGAUCAACAACAAUUUACUCAUUCCGAUAUAAAACCUAAACGUCUUAUGUCAAAUUUAUUUCAUGGUAUUCCUAAAUUCGGCAAACGUGCAUUUUCAUCAGCAUUUUCUGGUAUUCCGAAAUUUGGCUAA